AUGGCGUUCAGUGGGGCCUCAGCUCCCAUCGCGGACAUCGACAUCGACAUGGACCUUGACCUAGGACCAGAGCCAGAACCAGAGCCAAUUCAGGUGGAAGCAACUCCGAACUUGGAAACCACAAACGACCCUCUCACCGAUGAAGCGGUCUACGAAAAAGUGCAUAUUCGCGGCGUCGAUGAAUUGACAACAGAGGAUAUCAAGCAAUUUGCCAGUGACUGCUCUGGACAGGACCCAGUGCGCGUUGAAUGGAUCGACGAUACAUCCGCCAACAUCGUCUUUUCCUCCGCCGAAAUCGGCCUCCAAGCUCUCACAGCUCUCACACAACUCGCCGAGGAAGAAGACGCGUCCACCUUGCCACCUUUGCGUCUCCGAUCGGCGAAGCUCCUCUCCUCCCAUCCUGACUCCGUCCUCCAAGUGCGAUCGGCUGUCAAGUCGGACCGCAAGCAAGCACGCGCUCAUGAGAAGAGUCGCUUCUACCUCAUGCACCCUGAACAUGAUCCUCGAGAACGCCUGCGACAAGAGUUUGCAGACCGGAGACGCAAUGAUGACGCAGGUGAAGGAGAUUACAGGCGGCGCAGAUUCGAUGACCGGGAGCACCGACGCCGCCGAGACCGCGACGAGGUCGACCGCUUCAACGCCGACAUGUACGAUGACAAUGCUGGCUCUGAACCCGAGCGCGCUCGGGUACAGCCCAGAGGUCGUGGCCAGAGAGACCUGUUUCCAGAUGACGACGGGCGAUCAAGUGGACGUCUCCGAAAUCGCAGUGCGUCACCGGGACGAGACACUCUGGAGGAGGAACUUCGAGUCGAGCGAGGCGGCCGUGAUGACAGCAGGCGGUUCCGCGAGAGGUCGCUUCGAUUCAUUCGUAAGAACCAGGAUAAAGAGCUUUUCCCAAGCGCGAGCGCGGGCGAGAGCGAGUCGGGAAACCGCGAGCUUUUCCCAAACAAGACCACAUCCAGCUACAUCAAGAAGGAGGUGCAUCCUAGCAAGGCUAGUAACCAUCGCCGGUCAGAUGCAUUCGAUGCUUCUAUCCCAGGCACUUCUGAACACCGACGCAACAGCAAGAUUGAGCUCUUCCCCGAGUCCACCAACAAUGGCGCCCGCAUUCGGGGAGCAGCCACAGCCACCGAGGACCAAGGGUUUGCCAUCCGGGGAGGAUCUUCAAACGGCAUGUCGAUCAAAGGCAGGGGUGCGUCGGUGCGCGAGCUGUUUCCUUCCAAGUACGACGGUGAUACCAGCAACAACGCCAACGCUGGCAAGGAAUUGUUUUCCGAUACACUUGAAGGACGUGGUGGUCGUCGGCGCCGGGCUGAGGAUAUGUUCAGCUAA